AGACUGCUGCGCCAGCAGAAACAACGCCUUCUUGUUUCAGUCUUUAUUUUAACCCUUUACAAACCUGUUAUUUAGUCAGUUUUAGUGUCGGGAACAUAUUCGUAGCCAGUGUUGUCGGUGCUGUGUUGGCCCGUGCUCGGACGGAGCGUGUUUGAGAAGAAGAAGAGAAGGAGGAGAAGGAGGAGGAGAAGGAGAAGUCCUCGCCGUCAUCUCAUUUCCUCCUCCUUUCCCACUUCAUGUGAAAACAUGGUGCAUUGGCAGGUGCGGAUUUAAUUUCACGUUAUUCGCUGGUUUUCUGCUCUACGGCCACACCAUGAAGCACGCACGGACAGUGUUUGCGGAUUGUCUGUGAACUGAUUUAACAUCUGGUUUGCUGUUAAUUUCGUUUUGGUCAAUCUGGGAAUUUCUUCGGUUUCAGUAGUGCUGUUCCUUCAGCGCGUUAGCUUAGCCUUAUCGCUGCAUCCCUUUUCUACCACCGGCCCCAGAAACAGGCCACAGCGAUGCGGACUUUACUACAGCCUUGAUUAUUUUCGGGGGUAACAACAACAACAACAACAACAACAACAAUUAUAAAUAAAAUAAAAUAACCAUUUUCGCUUCAGUGAAGGAAAGGAGGAUAUUUAUAUGGACCUGACGGAUAGCUAGUAGCCGCUUCUCAGAGCAAAAGGGGGAAAACAUGCUUAAUUCGAGGCGGCUGUUGCGGCUUUCCAACCGCUCCUUCUUGGCCUUCUUUUUCUUCUUCUCCAUGUCCACGACCUGCCUCUACUUCAUUUAUGUGGCCCCUGGAAUAGCCAACACGUAUUUGUUCAUGGUGCAGGCUCAGGGUAUAAUGUUACGAGAUAACGUGCGGACAAUUGGCCAAAUAAUCAGAUCAUACACCAAUAAGAACAGCACUCUGAAUGGCACAGAUUAUCCAGAUGGGAACAACUCCAGUGAAUAUUUUGCUCAGCCAACUACAUACCUCCCUGAGAAUUUCACCUAUGCCCAGAACCUGCCCUGCCCUGAGCGCUUACCUUCUAUGAAGGGUCCUACAGAAGUAAAUAUGACAGAGCUUCCUAUAGAGGAGGUUGAACUGCAGCAUAGACAGCUGGGCAUUCAGUUUGGGGGACACUGGAGGCCCAAGGACUGCAAACCACGCUGGAAGGUGGCUAUUCUGAUCCCCUUUAGGAAUCGUCACGAACAUCUUCCCAUUCUGUUUCAGCACCUCGCUCCAAUGCUGCAACGGCAACGCUUACAGUUUGCAUUUUAUGUAAUUGAGCAGGCAGGUACACAGCCUUUUAACCGAGCCAUGCUGUUUAACGUGGGCUUCAAGGAGGCAAUGAAAGACCUGGACUGGGACUGUGUGGUUUUUCACGAUGUUGAUCAUAUCCCUGAAAAUGACCGGAAUUAUUACGGCUGCGGGCAGAUGCCUCGUCACUUCGCCACAAAGCUCGACAAGUACAUGUACAUUCUGCCCUACAGUGAGUUCUUUGGAGGAGUGAGUGGACUUACAGUAGAGCAGUUCCGCAAGAUCAAUGGUUUCCCCAAUGCAUUCUGGGGCUGGGGAGGGGAGGAUGAUGACCUCUGGAACAGGGUGCACUUUAUUGGCUUGAACGUGACCAGACCUGAAGGAGAUAUUGGCAAAUACAAGUCAAUUCCCCAUCACCACCGAGGAGAAGUGCAGUUCCUGGGACGGUACAAGUUGCUAAGGUAUUCUAAAGAAAGGCAAUAUUUGGAUGGUCUAAAUAAUCUCCAGUAUUCUCCGGAAAUCUCUUUAAGUAGUCUGUAUAAGAACAUCACUGUUAACCUGAGCCCUGAGCUUGCCCCCAUAGCAGAGUACUGACACCUGGCUCCUCCUCCUCUCCACCUGGCCAUCAGUACCUGAAGACGACCGACCCGGCAUCGUGGAGAAGAGUGCGGCCUGAACACCGCGUACGGCCGCCAAGUAACCUUAAAACCAACAGACAAAUGGUUAAAGGAGUGAAUGCUCAAAUGAUUGUGUGUGCGGGUGGAGUCAUACCUAUGUUUUUGUGAGCGUGUGCGUCCCAAUGCAUGUCUCUGUGUUUAUGCGGCUUUAACUACUCAAAUCACAUCAUGCUACGAAAAAAAAAAAAAAGCAGGAAGUAGAAAUUGGGGCGUGUCAGUGUCAACAAUUCCGAUGUUUACUGCAAAGCCUUAACUGAUUUUCAUAGGCUGUUAUCACUCUGAGUGUCAGUUCUCAUCCAUGCCAACAAUGUAGACCGCUCAGUUUUACAACUCAACAGCAACCUAAAUGCCAAUAGAUAUUUUAUGGCACGUUUUGUAUCAUAUAGUAGUAUUUUAAGGCAUAUGAGGAUGUAUGUAUGUAUGUACUGUAAAUGGUCUUUUUUGGCCUUCCUUAUUUAUUAUAUUUUUUUUUAGUUUCUUGAGAUGUACUUUCGAGCACUCCAGUGGCAUGUGUAAUGCGAGCGUUCCCGUUUUCUUUUCUUUCACGAAGAGUGCACAAAGGAUCACGUCUGCUCACUUGAUCCUGUAAUGACAAGCGUCAUUCCAGUGCACACAUUCUUACUCUUACUUUGGCAGCUAACUGUCUUUUCAUUAAACCCCACCUUUCCUUACACAAAUGGACACUUCAAUUUAAGGACUAAAGACAAAUUGAAAUUGGGGUGUGUGGUCACCAAUAUCAGCUGCAUGCCUUAUGUUUUUGCCAGUUUAAAAAAAAUAUAUAAAUAUAUUUAGUAUGUUUAUUUUUUCUUUUGUGCACUGUAACAAUGAAAGUGAAGAAAAUAUAUCUUCUUUUCUUAUAUACAAGAGGGGAGAAAAAAUGUUAUUGCUGGUCAGUCGCUCGAGUAAUUGUAGAGCAGUCGGGUACACAGCUGCUAAAUGCUCAAAUACUAUAAAAAUCGUGUGUGUGUGUGUGUGUGUGUGUGUGUGUGUGUGUGUGUGUGUGUGUGAGAGAGAGUGAGUGAGAGAGAUCCUCCAGCUGUGCAUAUGAAGUACAUUGUGAUGUUGCACUCUAGUCAUAAAACAAGUUGGGCCUGGAUGAGAGAGUGAUGUCAGUGUUACUCUUGAAUGGCAUCGGAAUAAAGUUUGGGCAAUGAAAACUUUAUGCUGUUAAAGUUUUGAGCUGUUGGUUAGUUGUGCUUUUCUUUGUACAUGUUGAUUGCCUUUGUAUAUACAACCUCACGUUGAAGAUGAUUUAUCAUAAUUUGGUUUAUUUUUUAUGUGGUGAUGUUUUUUUUUGUUUGUUGUUUGUUUUUUUUUUUGUUUUGUUUUUUUUUGCUAGUGACCUUUAUUAAUUUAUAUCGGUCCUAAAUAGAAAACUGGUAUUGGUAUUCUUACACUCCGUGUGUCUGGGUGUGUGUGUGUUUGCGUGGGUUUGUCUGGGUUUGUGUGUGUGUGCGUGCGUGCAUCUGGGUGUAUAUGUAUACUUGAAGAAGCACAUAUCCCCUGCCACUGAAGUCAGCAGUUAGUCAGUUCUCUCCCCUGUAGUACUGACAUAUGCUCGUAGUCCUAACCCUGAAGCUCACCGAUGCUCUGGGUAAUUCCCUCUAUUUCACAGCUCGUGCAGGGUCAUGUAGUGCACUCAGACUUGUUCUGUGGUUCCUCUGCGCUGAGCUCUUGCCUUUUUUUCCAAGGUGCUCUGAUGUGAGCUGUUCUUGUUGUGUGUUCAAGCAAAGGCCUUUGUGUGUUCUUGUCUAAGACCAGGCUGAGCCAUUGCCCUCUGACAGUAUAUAUGUGCUGAAGCAUGUUUGUACUCUGUAGACUCAAGUUUCUUGUUUACAGAUUUCUUCUCUUCUUAAACUUUCAGAUUAAAGCCUGUGUUUGCUCAUACCUAGUUGCUAUGGUUGGAGGUUAUAUGAAUAUGAUUUUGACCAAUUGGGGUAAGGAAUCUGAAAGCCUGUUUAUGAAAUAGGGUUGAAGAAGUGAAGGUUAAUACUACAGUGAAGGAGAUUAGAAGUGCCAAAGUCCCACUGUGCCCCUGUGUGAAACCUUUCUUUUUUUCUCUCUCUCUUUUUUUUUUAAUCCAGUCCUUCACUCUUAUUGCUUGUAAAGCUUCUUAUUUUCACCAGUUUUGUGGUCUUAAAAUUGAGGUUGAUUGGUACUUUAGGGGUUUCUGUCUAAAUUGAACCCGCAUUUAUUUUACUUAAUGAACUCUUGCCCCCUUAAGCUGUGUAGUUGGAAAACUGAGUUUUUCAUUCAGUGUGUCAUGUUAUGGAAGAUAUUAACAUCAAAGAAAAUACAUUGUUGUUACAACAUAUCAUAAGUAACCCAUCAGAGUAGUAGACAGUAUUCUGUUGUGGAUGCUGGUCAGACACUGGGCAACAGUAUUAUGUUUAAAUACAGGAGAUCUUUCAUUCUCACACUACAACACAACGUGUGCACUUAGACCUGGCCUGCAUGAUGAUUAUCUGUUCAUUAUCAGUCCUUUCAUGCAUAAAUGUAAUGAACUUUCACCAAUAGAACCAAAACUAAAAGUUACAAACUGUGUUACGCAAAGUAUCUUUACCAAGGUGCUUGCAAAGGGCACAUUGUCAAAACUUGUUAUUAAGCUACUAGUAAUCUUCAUAACAUUCAUCACAAAUGACUUAUGGCAUUGUUAACGUUUUAAAAAAAAAAAAAAAGAUUCAGUGUCCCAACUCAGGAGGUGUUUAAGCCUUCUGUCUUAGCCCUGUAUUCCUAAUUUGGGUUAUGCUCGCAGUAUGUUGUGUCCAAAAUUGUAUCUUCGGGAGCAACUUUUGAACCUGUGACCCAUUUUUAGUUAGGUACCAUCAUGAGGUGGUGGCCUGUAGGUUUAAAAUAAAAUGUUUAAUAUCAAAAUGUUUUUUAUUUUAAAAUGAACUUGUUCAUCUGUCUUUGAAAUGAUUGAAAAAAAUAUAUAAAAUUUGAAAAAUGUAUUCACCAUUACAAAUUGUCAGUGUUACAUUUUUGCAGUAUUCAUAUUUGUGCCUUGAGUUCUUUUCACAUUUGCAUUGAUGAUUGACAGUUGCAGUGUGGUGGCUGUUUUCAAAAAUUAAAAUAAUGUAGAGUGCACAUUUAGUUUUCACAAGUAUUUAAUUUAAAUCUGGAUUAAAAAUGUGUAGUCUUCUAAAACAUUCAAAACUAAAAAAAAGUGGAGCAGAAAGCCAGGGGAACACUUUCCUCUGUGUUUGUACUGUUUUUCAGGAUCCAUGUUUUCUGCAUCAGUCUUUUUGGAAACAGGAUGACAGAUAUUGACUGCUUUGACUGAUUUUAUUAUUACAUUUAUUUUCCCUUUCGUUUUUCCGGUCUCUUCACUGUUACCGGUUUGCUCACUGCGUUACAGUCUGUAAUGACCAUUAAAAGAGUUUAUAGUUGAAAACCUA